AUGUCUGAGGCCAAAAAUGACACAAACCAAAUAAAUCAAGAUGAUAACCAACAGCAAGGAGAAGAAAUACCACUAGAGAAACUUGAUAGCAAAUUAAUUUUUGAUAAAGAUUUAACUUUAACAGAUAAAGAAAUCGUUUUUCGCUUCAAAGUUUUCAAAAUUAUGAACAAAAAGACUUUAAACACGAUAGAACUCGAAAUGCACAAGUAUGAUGAUAUCUUUUUCUUAAUGAAAUGUAAGGUCGACUUCAAAAAGUUCCAGAAAAUAGCAAAAGAGAACUCUCUUACAAUCGAUUUCGAGCAAUUACUUGAUGCAAUCAUAUCAAUGUUCGAAAAUAACAUUAAUCACAAUAAUGCUACGAAAGUUGAUUUUAAAGCAUCAGAAAAAGGUGGAACCCUUUCAUUCUUCGAUGUUUUAGAACUCAGAGCUGUUAAAAUCUUCUCAUUAGAUUUCACUAACGCAUCAAAGAAUCAUCAGUUUAUUUACGCUCAGAGAAAGUUUAAUGAAAUAAAAGAACUUCUAGAACUUAAGAAUAGAGAGUUAGAAAUCUUCCUUCAUGAAGUUCAUAAGAAGAAUUACACAAUGUUUGAUCAUAUUUCCCAGAAGGCAAUUUAUGUCCCCACAGAAGAAUCUCCUGGUUUUACAGAUUCUUAUAAGAGUUCUGGCAUCCCUGGAUCUCCAAAAUCGCCAAAAUCUCCUCGCUCGCCAAAGCUUUCUAAAUAA